AUGCAGUUCGUAAACUACUUGGCAGUCGUGACAUCAGUCACGCACGUCGUCCAGGUACGGCAGCAGGCGCCAGCGACGUCGGAAUGCCCCUCCAUACUGUCGUCGCUCGAAUCCGCCAUGCCCACCAUGCCCAGCAAGCUGGCCUCGGCCCAGUCCAUCGUCAAGACGGAUGUUUGCCACUACAUCAGGCCGCCCAUUCAGACGUCGCUCGUCGAGGAGCUUUAUUCAAUGUACGACCAGUGGAGUUCCGAAGCCGACAGGUGGGCCAUGACGAGCUCCAACGCCGCCGUGAUAAGGACCGUCAAGUCCCGAUGCCAGGACUACCUGCUGUCCAGCGCCACGUCUUCCCUUAACUCUCUCACGGCCUGUGGGCUUGAUUUCUCUAUCUUGCCUUCGACCGAGUCUUCGACUGGGCUUGUGUCGACGACUAUGGAGUCUUCUGCUGCUGAGAAGACGACUGCAGCCGAGACUGGGAAGACGACCACAGCCGAGACUGGAUCGUCGGUAACUCCGGCUGGUGCGGCAACCCCCACGCCUACGACCCCUGGCGCUGGGGCUAGGUCAGGCGUAUCGAUUGUUCUGGUUGCCGGUGCUAUUUUUGUGGGAAGCUUCCUCGUCCUGUAA